GAAGGAUUCACCUGGCCUUCGGAUUCUAGCCCUAGACCAGUGUAAAAGUGUGGAAGUCCUUGUGCUCCAGUUGAUGCCAGUCUCUUCCCAGCCACUAGGUUUGCUCUGCACAAGUGUUGGCACACCAUCGGUCUGCCAGUAGUGACCACGCCGGUCAGUUUGGCCAUGUCGCCGUGGCCAAGACAACUCAGCAAGAGCUCCGAGCAGAAGGAGUGUAAAUUCAAGACGAAGUGGUUGUGGAAGAGGAGUUUGCUCCAGUGCCUAUUCAGCAAGUGGAUGGAGCUAUCUAACUGGUUAUUGGGUAGAAAGGUCUUAAGCCUCUUCACUGCAAUAAAGGAUGGCGGUGCCGAAGAUUGAUAGUCCGAAGCACGUUCCGAAGGCUGUUGAAGCUUCUCUUAGGCCUGCCUGUGUAGAGCUUAGUAACAUUUGUAUUAACUUUGUAGAAAAAACUGUAAUCAAGGAUUGAACAAUGUUAUGUAUAACUGUCCAUACCUUGUAAUAUAUUUUUACCUUUUCAUCCAUGUACAAGUUGCUUUGCUGUGGACGAAACUUGUAUUUUUUGAGCCGAAGGCGAAAAACACAUUCCCUUCUUUUUGUACACAACAAAGCAUCCUGUUGCG